AAAACUGUCUAUAAGAAUAUGACUCAACUAGACUCGACCCGACUAUACCCAAAAUAACCCACAUAUAACAUACGUACAAGAAUUGAAAUCAAUCCCGACACAAGAUAUUACACCCGAAACUCAGCCCGGCAUGCACCAUGUACAAUUCUCAACAUCAAGGCAAUAACUUCCUUUUAUGUCUUGUCCUAUUAUUCAGUAAACUCAUCCUGUGGCUGUAUUAGGAAUUAGAGACCUGUUUUUAUAACUCCAGAAUCUCAAAGCUUUAAUGGCUUCCUUUGUUUUUUCUUUCAAUCUCUACUUGAAGUAAUUCCUCUCUCCAAAAUUGGUACUUUUCUCUUCAUCUAUCUCUUACCCAUGUUACAUUUUAAUGGCAGAAGCUACAAAUUGCUGCAAUUUUUCCAUUCUCUUGUUAUUUUUCAUGCUUGUUUUAUUUCAAACUGUAUAUGCUGUACAUUCAGAUGAAUUAGCUUUAAAAUCACUAUUAACUAACUGGGUUGUUCCAAAUUCAGUGAAACUUAGCUGGAAAAAUACCCAUUUGAGCUCUUGUUCAUGGGUAGGUAUUGAAUGUGACAAAAAAACCCAACAUGUAAUUUCUCUUAACUUGUCUAAUUAUGGCAUUUCUGGUUCUUUAAGUCCAGAAAUUGGUCAAUUAUCUCAUUUAAAAUCAAUUGAUCUUAGUUUUAAUUCACUUUCAGGGACAAUUCCUGUUGAGAUUUCCAAUUGUAGUUUUCUUUCUUAUUUAGACAUUUCAUCAAACACCUUGAGUGGUGAAAUUCCUCAAUCUUUAGGGCAUUUGCAAAAUUUGCAGUUAUUAAGUUUGUAUAAUAAUUUAUUGACAUCUCAAAUUCCGGAGUCUUUAUUUCAUAAUCCAAAUUUGAAGUAUAUAUUUCUGAAUACUAACAAGCUUAAGGGUACUAUCCCUUCAAAUAUAGGUAAUGCUACCCAACUUGUUUCUCUUUACCUUUAUGAGAAUCAGUUAUCUGGGUUAAUACCAUCUUCUCUUGGAAAUUGUUCUUCUCUUGAAGAAAUUUAUUUGAAUACAAAUCAAUUAGUGGGUGUAUUGCCUAAGAGUCUAAAUAGCCUUGAUAAUUUGGUAUACUUAGAUGUAAGUUCUAACAACAUACAGGGUAGUAUCCCUUUAGGUUUGGGUAGGUGUGAGAAUUUAAGGGUACUUGUUUUGUCCUUUAAUAAGUUUCAUGGAGUUAUUCCUCAAGGUUUGGGAAAUUGUAGCAAAAUGGAAACUUUUGCUGUAGUUAACAACCACUUAACAGGAAGUAUCCCACCUUCAUUAGGUCUGCUUUCCGAGCUCACGGUUUUGUAUCUUUCGGAGAAUUUUUUGUCGGGAAAGAUCCCGCCUGAGCUAGGAAACUGCAAAUCUUUGACUGAUUUACAGCUUAAAGAGAAUGAGCUUGAUGGGAAGAUACCAUCGGAAUUCGGGUUGUUAAGAAAAUUAAGCCGCCUUGAACUGUUUGAUAAUCACCUGACCGGAGAGAUCCCACUUGGGGUUUGGAAAAUCAAGACACUUGAGCAUGUUAUUGUUUAUGGUAACAACCUAUCAGGGUCGUUGCCUCUGGAACUGACAGAACUCAAGAACCUUAAGAACAUCUCGUUACAUGAUAACCAUUUUUCGGGGAUCAUACCGCGAGGUUUGGGGAUUAAUAGUAGUUUGGUGCAGAUUGAAUUCACAAAUAACAGAUUUACGGGUGAAAUUCCUCUGCACCUUUGCUUCGGCAAAAAACUUAAAGUUAUGGACAUGGGUCAAAACAUGCUUAGUGGGGGCAUACCACCUGAUAUCGGAACCUGCUCGAGUUUGGUUAGGUUGAGACUAGAACAAAAUAAUCUAACCGGGGGGCUUCCAGAAUUUUCUGAUGGUCGGAGUCUCUUAUUCGUGGACUUGAGUGAAAAUCAUAUACAAGGGAAAGUUCCGGCAAGCCUUGGAAACUGUCAUCGUAUCACAACAAUCAAUUUGUCGUUGAAUAAGCUUACGGGAUUCCUACCAUCGGAGCUUGGAAACUUGACGAAUCUUCGAGCAGUGAAUUUCUCCCACAAUCAUUUGGAAGGACCUUUGCCUUCUCAGCUUGGGAAGUGCAAUAAGUUGCUUCAGUUUGAUGUGGGUUUCAAUUCCUUGAACGGUUCGAUCCCGUCUGCUAUAAAAAGUUGGACAGCUCUAUCUGUAUUGGAUUUAAGAGAGAAUAGGCUCACCGGGGGAGUUCCUUCGUUUUUAUCUGAACUCCGAAUGCUAUCAGAACUUCAACUUGGAGGCAACAGAUUCGGAGGACAGAUUCCUUAUUCAAUUGGGUCGUUGACGAAUUUGAGAUACGCUUUGAAUCUUAGUAGCAAUCAACUGAUCAGUGAAUUGCCUUCUAGUUUCGGAACAUUGACGAAUCUAGAGCGCCUUGAUGUGUCGCGCAACAAUCUAUCUGGGGCCUUGGAAAUUCUUGGUAAUAUGCCUUCGUUGGUCGAGGUUAAUGUCUCGUAUAACCUCUUCUCAGGCCCGAUCCCCCCAACACUGUUGAAUUUACUGAACUCAUCGCCAUCGUCAUUCUUAGGAAACCCGGCACUUUGUAUUGACUGUUCGCAUAUCUGGGGUUUUGAUUGUAGAGCAAUACAACACAUGAGCCCAUGUGAUGGGCUUUCGGGGAGCAAGCAUAAGAGUGGCUUGGAUAAUAUUCACAUUGCUGUUAUAGCUCUCGGGUCGUUGCUCUUUACUUUGAUUCUUGUCGUGUUGAUUAUUUAUCUUUGUGUCACAGGUCAAGAAAGAGAAAGAAAAAAUGUCGAGAUGUUGGAUCAGGAAGGUACGUCCUUCUUGUUCAACAAAAUUAUCGAGGCUACUGAGAAUCUCAACGAAAAAUACAUCAUCGGGAGAGGAUCUCAUGGAACAGUUUACAAAGCUUUCUUGGGUCCGGACAUGGUGUAUGCUGUCAAGAAGCUAGAAUUUGGUGGGAACACGGGUGCAAAUGAGAGUAUGAUAAGUGAAGUACAGACACUAGGGAAGAUUAGGCAUCGAAAUUUAGUUAAGUUAAAUGAUUUUUGGUUAAGGGAAAGCUAUGGCCUAAUAUUGUAUGAUUACAUGAAAAACGGAAGCCUUCGUGAUCUUCUCCAAAGAACCGAUCCUCGUUCAUUGCCAUGGGAUGUAAGAUACAAGAUCGCUCUUGGAAUUGCACAUGGACUGGCGUACCUCCAUUUUGAUUGUCAUCCCGUUAUUGUACAUCGAGAUAUUAAACCCGAGAACAUACUUUUAGACUCUGAAAUGGAGCCUCAUAUCUCAGAUUUCGGCAUUGCAAAGCUUCUAAACCAAUCAUCAACUGCUGUACAAUCACUUGCAGUUCCGGGGACAACCGGCUAUAUUGCCCCAGAAAAUGCUUUUGCAACAGUGAGGAGUAAAGAGUCGGAUGUAUACAGCUACGGGGUUGUAGUUCUCGAACUGUUAAGCAGAAAGAAGGCGGUAGAUGAAUCAUUUCCCGAAGGAAUGGAUUUAGUUGGAUGGGUCAGGUCAGCUUUAGACUCAUCCGAAAAGAUUGAUCAUAUUAUUGACGAAACCAUUCGAGAAGAUUUUCUGGAUUCAAAGGUUAUAGAACAAGUAUCUGACAUGCUUUCUUUAGCUCUGAGAUGCACCGAACGAGAACCAUCCAAACGACCAAGCAUGAGAGAUGUCGUGAAGAAUUUAGAGGACGGAAAUUCAUAUGCCAAUGGGAACAAAUCUUGUUAGAUUUUUCAAGUUUCUUGAUUUUCAAUCUGUUUAUAUCAUGCUCUGUAAGCGUUAGUCGUUUUUGCUGUCAUAGUGUACUUAAUCAAGCGAAAAUUUAGUUCCUCGCUUUAUUUUGUUUUAGUGUUUGAACGAAAAAUAGUUUAUCAAUUCAUAGCCAUACAUCUAGCAAUCUCAUUGAAGCCGAUACAUCAAGGAAACCGACAUAAGUUUCUCUCAAGAAGCUAACUUGAAGCUAAUAACAUAAAGCCGCCGAUGGAAACGCGCCGUUAACUGUGGUGUUCUUAGUAAAUGAGCUCCUUUAAAAGAAGAUGCUCCUUGUUG